GAACUUCGAAGUUGGGGAGGCAGAUUGUUCUUGUUGAUCGUGUACAAAAUCAAAGAAAGGAGCAGCAGAAUGAAUGGAUCGGUGGUGUGUACAAAACGCAUUCCUAGAAGAUUUCGAACAGUGUUGUGGUUUUUGAAGAAAAUAUCUUUAAAGAAACUGACGAAAUUGGUUUGACAGUUCAGUGUCCCAACAGCGGCGUCGAUGCGUCCGCGGCUCGUGUAUUGAAUGUUUCCGGCUGAUUGUGUUGUUCUCGUUGUUCUCAUUCGUAAACAACAAAGUUCGCGGGUAUUUUAUUUUCUGUUUAUUUUUUAUCGGCCAUUACCUGUUUGCCUUCUUAUUCGUUUCGUUGGGCACGUCUUUUCUUUUGGUUUCGACGCAGGAAUCACGGAUGAACUCUCAGAAACAUUGCCGGAGUUAGUCUCUAUUACCCAAUACCACCUUACAAAGCGUACACACAGUUGCAGAGUACAAUUCGUGGCGGAAUAAAGUCUACGCCAUAACAAACAGAAAUCACCACACCACGUGUUGAGGAUGCGAGGUGAUCAACAAGUAAAACAACAAGAAAUGGAACAAUAUUCUGCGGAGGAAGAAGUGACUAAAGAAAGCCAAGAAGUGGUCGACAAGAAGGAAGAUCCUAACUCUGGAGAAGUGGUUCCUUCAGAAUUUGGAUAUCUCCAGCGCAAUGAGUUCACUUCCGAAAUUUACAAAAUAGAAGUGCGAAAUCUGGGCUACUUUGGAAUAGGGGAGUUUAAAAAGCUUUUGAAGAGCAAGCUCAAGCUGGACAUGAGCAAGAUAAAAUCGCCACAGCGGAAAGAUUUUGCAUUUGUUUGUUUCCGAAGUCAGGAGGAUCAAGAGAAAGCAUUAUCGUUGCUUAACGGGUACAAAUGGAAGGGGAAAGUUUUACAAGCACACAUCGCAAAGGCUUCGGCCGAUCCAUUACAGCGUAAAAGAAAGGAAGCAGGAAAUGUCGAGGACGUUGAAUCCAAUAAGCGACAAAGGUCGUCGGCCGAGGCCACCUGUCCGUUGUCCGGUAUGCCAUACGAGGACCAGCUUAGGCAAAAGGAUUCCAGUAUGAAGGAAUUAAUAAAAAAAUUUGUUGGUGAAUUGAAAAAGACCAACCGCGACUCGGCUAAGAAUUUAGAAAACUUCAAAUAUGAAGGUGUACUUCCGUCACCAGCAAUUGACGGUUACCGAAACAAAAAUGAAUUUACUGUAGGCAAAAAUGGUCAAGGCGAAGUUGUGGUGGGCUUUCGACUUGGAAGCUAUGCUGACGGUUCAGUAGAAGUCGCUGAAGUGGAAACCCUGCCCCACAUACCAAAAGCGGCAAAAUGGGGAGCGAAAUCCUUUCAGAACUUUGUCAGGAAGUCUAGAUUUGAACCAUUUAAUCCCGAAGGCAAUGCUGGCCACUUCAAACAGCUAAUGGUACGAACAUCUUCAUCAAACACUAAUGAACUUAUGUUGGUUGCAGGUAUUUAUUCUUCCAACUUGAGUGAUAGUGACUUGAUGGAAUUAAAGCGUGACUUAAAAGAGUAUUAUGAAACGAUCGAAGAAGGUGACUUCAAAUGCUCCUCGCUAUAUUAUCAAGAUGUGAAACACCGUGAAGCAGGACAAAUGGUUUCGCCCGUGGAACACCUUUCGGGAUCAACCCAUAUAUUCGACACAAUCCACGGGCUAAACUUUAGAAUUAGCCCGUUAGCAUUUUUUCAAAUUAAUACAGCUGGUGCCAAUGUUUUGUAUCAGAAGGCAAUAGAUUUAGCUGCUCCGAAAGCUCACUCAACCGUAUUGGAUAUUUGUUGCGGGACUGGGACGAUUGCACUUGCAUUUGCAAAGCAUUGCAAACAAGUUCUGGGCGUUGAAAUUAUUCCAGAUGCCAUUAAAGAUGCGGAAUUCAAUGCAGAAAAUAAUCACAUCUCAAAUUGUAAAUUUUACGCUGGAAAUGCCGAUGACUAUAUACAAUCCAUGGUGCGCGAAGUUACCUACGGAACGCCCCCCGGAUCUCCUUUGAAUAUUAUUGCCGUUGUUGAUCCCCCUCGAGCAGGACUACACAAUCGAUCGAUUGCAGCGAUUCGGGCAGCGGAAGGAAUUAAACGAUUGGUGUAUAUAUCAUGUAAUCCACAACGAGCACAACGAAAUUGGAUUGAAUUGGGUCGGCCGCAAUCAAAACAGUAUAAAGGUGAUCCGUUUUACCCUGUAACCGCCGUGGCUGUGGAUAUGUUUCCCCACACAAGUCAUACAGAGAUGAUUAUUCUUUUUGAGAGGAAGAACGAUGUCGAAGAGCGUACAGAUGUUGACAGAAAUCAAUCUACGACUUUAGUUGAUGCAGGAACCACAGAGAUUGCAGCAGAUACCAUAGGCGAAACAUAAUUACAGGUUAUAAUAUAUUUGCAGUCUAGCGACUUGUAGUUCUUAAAUUACAUUUUUUUUAUUUUAUUUGUACUUCCUAACAAUACAACACAUAUAAGUAGUUUACAUAACGUGCAUAAAUUACCUAAGUGCACAAUAAUAAAUGAGAUUGCCGGCUUCGUUAAAAGAAAUCAUUGUGAUCUCUGGGCAACCCAAAAAAAAAAAAACAUCCAUUAAUUAUUUCGGUACCAAAUAUACAACGCAUAUUCUGUAACAGCAACGACA